AUGGCUUCCCACGAGCAAGAGGACACCAUGCCUGAGGAGACUCAGGGCUACAAGCUCUCCCAGCCCAAGCAGAGUCUCGCUGAGUACCAGAAGAUGGUGCCUCCGGCGCCCCUCAACACCCCAUCUGAGUCUCGCGCCCAGUCUCCAGCCCUUGCUGCAGCUGGUGGUGGUAUAUCAGAGCUUGCUUCCUUGGAAAGCCAACUUCACCGAGCCAGAGCCCUCUCACGACCUGUGCCCCCCAAUCCUCCCAACUCCCCCAAAUCCCAGCCGCAGCAGCAACGGCAAGACCCAGCCCUCAUCCGGGACUUCUACACCUCACCCAACGCAGUUCUAGCAGCUCAUGGAGUCAAUGUUGAUACAUACGAGCUUGGAGAUUUUGACCAAGAAGAUGGAGAAAUCACCCCGACUAACGCGACAACAGACCAGAACGAUGAGUCUCUCCAGCGCUACAAGGAGUCCCUCGGCCUCGGCGGCGGCAAGGACCUCUCUGACCCCAGCGAUCCCCGUGUCUGCAUCAUCCUCUCCCUGACCAUGGAGUCCCCCGGCCGCGACCCCGUCACCAUCGACCUGUCCGCCCCCGGCUCCGAAGCCAGCCUGAAGGACAAGCCCUUCAAGAUCAAGGAGGGUGCCAAGUUCACCAUGGUUGCCACCUUCAAGGUCCAGCACGAGAUUCUCAGCGGUCUCCAGUACGUCCAGGUCGUCAAGCGCAAGGGAAUCAAGGUCAGCAAGGACUCUGAGAUGCUGGGUAGCUAUGCUCCCAACACUGACAAGCAGACCACCUACACCAAGCGCUUCCAAGAGGAGGACGCCCCCUCCGGCAUGCUCGCCCGUGGCCACUACAACGCCAUCUCCAGCUUCGUUGACGACGACAAGAAGACCCAUUUGACUUUCGAGUGGUCUUUCGACAUCGCCAAGGACUGGUAG